AUGCCAGUCAUAACAGAUCUACUCAGCCCAACAACAAGAGAACAAGAUGCACUCGAAAACCUCCUACCCGCCUCAUUCAGAGACGAGAAGCACGAGUUCCACGCCCCACUCAACGACAUCCCAACAUUCCUCCACCAAGACCUAUCAGUCCAGCGCCUAAACAACAUCCAAAAAUGGCUCUGGCUAGCAGGCCGCCCCAUGCCGCCCCGAGCCCUAAAUUACCAAAUCUCCGUCUCGCGCCAGAUCAUCGUCGACGAAAAGGUCGACAUGCACCUAGUCUGGGGUCCCGGCCGACGAAUCCACAUCAAGCCUUUACCCGCCUACCUACUCGACUCUCGCUUCUGGUCCAGUCACUUAGCAUGCAACCGCGAUGAAAGUGACUGUUGUCCCUGGCGAAACGCAAGCGGGAGCGCAAGCGGGACAGAAACCUUCGCUGCGAACCCUACCGCUUGUCCGCGCGCCGAACUGGGUAAAUUAGCCCUCGGCUUCUUGAGCUCGUAUAUAGCUCUUAUAGAGCAUCCGAGUGAUUUCCUCAUUGCGAAACAGCAUGCUCUUGUUCCGGAAUCACUGAGCUGGAUCGCUUGGUCUGGUCUUGUACGGAAUUUGCUGCGGACAGAUAUCAUCAAUCCGGAUAGUGUUAAUCGGCGGUAUCAAUUUGGAGAGCUGCGUCUCGGUCGACUGAAUAAGAUUUAUUUUUGUCAGCGGCGUAGCGUUCUGCGCGGGUAUAGAUCCAAGUAUCAGACGUAUGAUGAGUUGUUUCAUGCGUAUUUGACGCCUAUCACGGCGAUGACGGUGUAUUUUGCGCUCGUGUUGACUGCGAUGCAGGUUGGGCUUGCUACGGAGAGAUUGCAGUAUAAUGGGGCGUUCCAGAAUGCCUCGUAUGGGUUUACGGUGUUUUCGAUUCUGGGGCCGAUAUUGCUUGUGUUCAUUGUCAUCCUCAUUGCUAUUGCGCAUUUGGGGGCUAAUUUCUUGGCUACUCUUCUCUUUAAGAAGGAGAGAUCUAUUUUCUUUAAGAAGAGACGAGUAUGA